AUGUUGCAAGAAUAUAUACCACAGAAUCCGGCAAUCUGGAAGUCACGUUGGCAAUUUAAGAGAAGAAGAUACUCACAAGAUCAUUCACAAAGAAGAUCCUAUCCGGAAACCGAAAGAGGUGCUGCAGGGAAAAACUAUCGGCGUUGUGUAACAGGGGACCUCUUUCAGCUCCCAAGCGAGACCGGAAGUUUCAAACGACUUGGCGCUCUCCUCCACGAAUCGCAGCUUUUU